AUGUCUGCCGCUCAUCUGAGCCAGCUUCACGCCGCUCGCAGGACUGAUUCAUCGCACCUGCCGCCGGCACAAAAUCGCUGGACCGCGGCGUUCACCACCAGCGAGGUCAACGAGCGGUGUGUCAUUUCGCUGUGGGCAGCCCUGGACAUCGGCGAGGUGAACCCCUUUUCGGACUCACUAUGGUCCCUGCCCGAUGCCAUUAUUAGGACUCCUGUGCUGCAAGCCGCCCCUAGAAGAAAUGGUAAAGCCACCACGCUGCUCUGCUUCAACGCAAGGUCCCUGAAAAACAGGAAAAGGGCAGGAGACAUCGCUGCGCUUCUCGACGUGCACCAGGCAGACAUCCUUGCGAUCAACGAGACCUGGCUUUCCGCAGACGUGCUCGACCAUGAGGUGAUCCCAACGCAGUACGUCGUUUACCGGAAGGACCGCGUUGGUGGGCGGCGACCAGCGGGCGGCGUCCUGCUGGCGAUUCUUCCGCACCUGAUGCCGCGCCGCCAAGAGCAACUUGAAACCCUCGCUGAAGCAGUCUGGGCAGAGGUACGAAUUUCAAAUUUAAAGAUCCUGAUCGCCUCCGUGUACAGAGCACCGAACUCCACGCCUGAGCAAAAUAACGAGUUGUUGCGCUCAUUCGCUCUUGCCGCAGAAGUGCAGCAUAAUUACGACGCGUGCCUCGUAUUGGGUGAUUUUAACCUGGCCAUUGACUGGAGUGCCGACCCACCUGUGCCAAACGCCACGCCUGCAGAUUUAUUCCUCGACUGCUUUGACGACCUGGGCUUUGCUCAGCUAAUAAAAAAUGCGACCAGAACGACUGACACAAGUGCAAAGCUGAUAGACCUCUUUCUGUGUGACGCACCAAACCUGGUCUCCUCCGCCGCAGUGGUAAGUGGUGUCAGCGACCAUGAUGCCCUGCACGUGCACCUGGACGUCGAUUCCCGCCGACCAACACCUGUGCCGACGACGGAGCCAGACUGGCGUCGCGCAAACUGGGAUCUGGUCAACGAGCGUCUCGCUGAGAAUCUACUGAGAGUCUGCACCAUCGAUGACUUGUUCACUGCAUGGGAAGCGUGGAAGACGACCGUUUUCACGUGUAUCGCAGAGGUCGUGCCAUCCAAACGGAGAAGAACCAAACGCAGACUGCUGCCUUGGCUUGAUAAAGGACUAAAAAAAAUGUUAAAAUUAAAAGAUCAGCUUUUUUCAGAGUGGCAGAAAACAAAAUCCGACGAGGCGAAAUCCAAUUUCAAGAUGGCGAGGAAAGCUACACAGGGCGCGAUCAGAGCAGCUAAAGAUCGCUGGUUUUGGUCACUUGGACGAGGCCCUGGCGGCGCUGCGACUUUCUGGAAAUACAUCCACUCUAAGAGCAAAGUGCCAAUAAAAACAGCUAGCUUCACAGCAGGUGGAAAGAUCUUCAGCGAGCCGCAAUCCAUCGCUAGCCAGUUUCUCGCCACCUUCAAGAAUAACUUCUCUUCAGCAGCAAUCGAUUUCCCAUUUUACCGACGAGCACCAACUCAAAUGCCAAAACUAACUGAGCUGACCAUUGCGGCGGGAGAAGUCGAGGUUUUGCUGAAGACAAUGGAUGCCAAAAGUGCCACUGGUCCUGACAAAAUCCCAGCAAUUUUCCUGAAAAACUGUUCAACCACAAUCUCACAAAGCCUCACUUAUAUUUUUCAGCUUUCUCUGCGAGCCAGCGAUCUGCCCAUUGACUUUAAGUGCGCUGCUGUCACGCCUAUUCCGAAGGACGGUGACAGAACAAAAUUCAUGAACUGGCGGCCAAUAAGUGUCACCUCGCUGGUUGGUAAGGUGUUGGAAAAGCUCGUGAGGAACAAGAUGGCGAUGUUCUUUGAAACCAAUAAAACUCUGCCAGACUCGCAGCACGGCUUUAGGAACGCGCGCUCCUGCACAACGAUGCUGAUGCGUACACUAGAGGACUGGUCAGCAGCGUUGGAUAACCAGAGCGGGGCGCACGUGAGAAGAUAA